UUUGUACAUUUGCCUCUCUUCAACAAAUUCUCUCUUCCUUUCCUUCUUGAAACUUUGCAGAGUUCUUCAACUUCAACUUCAUCAGCAAGAAUGCAACCAUUUCAGGCGGCUCCAGGACAGUUUGGCGAUGAGGUUCGUCAGCCAGGACUUUAUUGCUGGAGAGUGGAGAAAAUGAAGGCUGUUCCUCUGAAUCAAGCUGAAGUGGGGGCUUUCUUCAACGGAGACUCAUACCUGGUGCUGGAUAACAGGGGAGAUCAGGGAGCAGACCUACACAUGUGGAUCGGAGAGAAAUCGUCGCGUGACGAGCAGGUGGCUUGCGCCAUGUUGGCCACACAACUGGAUAAUUUCCUGGGUGGAGAUCCAGUCCAGCACAGGCAGGUUCAGGGUUACGAGUCUCCAGAAUUCAUGAAACUCUUCCCUCGAGGAGUCAGUUAUAAGGAGGGAGGAGUGGAGUCUGGCUUCAGAAGAGCGCAGUCUGGACCUGGACCUGUUCAGAGGUUAUACCAAAUCAAAGGGAAACGCAACAUCAGGGCAAAGGAAGUAGAUUUGAGCUGGCAGAGUUUUAACAAGGGCGACUGCUUCAUACUUGAUCUGGGCGAGACGAUUGUGUCAUGGAUUGGAUCUCAGGCAAACAUCUUCGAGAAGCAGAAGGUGAGAGAGAUCGCCUCUCUCAUCAGAGAUACAGACAGACACGGCAAAGCUCAGAUCACCAAUGUUAAUGAGGGAGAGGAGACACAGGAAAUGCUGAAGGUUCUUGGUCCAGUGCCAGAGCUGAAAGAAAGCACUCCAGAGGAGGACAGCAAAGCAGAUGCAUCAAAUUCAGCCUCCCUUUACAAGGUUUCAGAUGCCACAGGGUCAAUGAAGUUGACCAAGGUGUCAGAGAAAAGUCCAUUUGCCAAGGACUUGCUGGUGCGUGAUGACUGCUUUAUCCUGGACAAUGGGGCCAACGGAAAAAUCUUUGUUUGGAAAGGAAGUGGAGCCAACGCAGAAGAGAAGAGGGUUGCUUUAAAAAUGGCAGAUGACUUCAUCCAGCAAAUGAAUUACCCAAAGAUGAAAACACAGGUGGAGAUUUUACCACAGGGCAGAGAAACUGUUAUCUUUAAACAGUUUUUCCAAAGCUGGAAUUAAACCUCAUUUCACUGCAUGAUCAGAUAAUAAACUGCACUCAACCAGUUGUCAAAAAACUGUAAUUUACUUCAAUAAGGCCAUUGAUAUAUUGCGUAAUAAACAAAUGUACAGUUGUAAAACAAAUCAUUCAUGGAGGUUUGCAGUAAUAAUGGAUAUGAGUAAGAGAGGCUUUACUAUUUGUUUGGUACCGCGUUUGUACGGCUUUUAGAGGGUGUUUAUAUUGGUCAAUGCUAAUUUUAAAGAGCUUUUAAUAAUAAUUUCCCCCUUUUUUGAUUGAGAGGGUCAAAUCUACUGUUAUGUUGCAGGCUUAAUGAACGCAAACCCUUGAGUAGAUGCCAUUUCUACUUAAAAACAGAAUAAUGUAACCACUUUCAAGCCAAUUUACUAUUUCACAAUCUCUGUGAAAUGGCUUUUUUUCUCAUUUUGUACUCAUUUUGUGUAUGUAACUGCAGCAUGGAAAUUAAAAUGCAAAUGCAACAACAGCAAAAA